AUGACCGAUCUAGACACAAGAAGCGCGGCUCUGAAGGCUUGCUCCAUGCUCUGCAGCGAUGCUUCCAAACCCACGGCAUCAUCAACUUUGCAAGCUCUGACUGAGCUUGCCAUAAAGUUGUAUCUGGAGAGAAAUCGCGAAGCCCUAGGCGAAUUUGCAGAGAAUAUCUUACCUGUUAUUCUGGACAGAAAGGAGAAGUUCAUGGCUUUCAUUCAACCCUAUUCCAGAUCCUGUCACGAGAGCGGGUCAAGGAUGGCCUUAUUCAUUGCUAUUCUCAAAGUCGGUCGGGCGAAAUCAAUCUUAACAGACUCUGAAGCGUUGGACCUUUUCGCAUCAGCAUUUCCUCCACCUGCUCCUCCCUUCAGUUAUGAGACGAAAAGUCUCUACUGGUGUAGACAAGUGUUGAUGAGCGCCGAUUAUGAAGUGCGCAUUCUUACAUACGGACUGCUGGUGUCAUCGCCUGCAACAAAUGCCAUUGUCUUACCAGAAACACUAGAAUGUAUUGCUACUAGCAUGAGAUAUCUUCAUGAUGACGCAGCCGCCCACGAGCGUGGUGAGAUUCUGAGCAUCACUAAGAGACUGUUGCGAAGACUCCAGGGCAGUAUUCCGACCCUCCGAAAGUCGACACAACUCCCACCCUAUGUGAAUGAUGUCCAAGCCGUGUUGGACUCGUACAGUUCUUUCACGAAGUCUUUUUAUGCCUUCUUGAAGGAUGAGUUGAAUACAGGAGUAUCCUACCCUCGUCACAUUCUUGGAUUACUUUCUCUGCAAUGCCUGCUUGAUCUGAGCUUGGAUCCCGGCAUGUUUGCGGGGGAUGAUGGUCUGUUGAAGGCUUUGACAUGUCUGGUGCUCGACCCCUUCGAGGACGUUCGGAGCACUGCAGCGGCUGUUCUCCAAACGCUCAUCGUCGAAGACGGAAGCUUGGUUAACCUCGCCAUAGACCACAUCCUUCUCAAAAGGGUAGAGGCGCUGGCUGUUAGGACACUGCGCGCUGAUCAUGCAGACGGGAUGGGACGUCUUUGUGCUCUCAAGAGCAGGUAUUCGUCGCCAAAGGGACGACAGCCAGAUCUUCAUGAGACAGAACUGGUGAAAGACGUUUGUUUCUUGAAGCAGUCAACAACUGGAGAAGGAGAUAUCCAGCUGAGGCCUGGUUGUGUUAUUCCCAUCCAUGCACUUUUACUUGCCACGAGUUAUCGACUACGGUGCCUAGACCGCCAGGACGAACAGAUUACAUAUAUUGGGCCAACUAUUAUCAAAGUCUGUGAAAACGUCUGGGAACAAGUGCGACUCCGGCUUUGUGUGGAUUCUCCAGAGACCGCCUCCGAAGCUGAGGACGAAAUCACCAGUGAAGGGCCAAAGGAUUUGCUUGCUUAUUCCUGGAGGGCUCUUCGAGAUUCAAGUCUUGUUCUUCAAUCAUUGAUUCUCGUUGCGGCGCCCUCUCGGGAGCUUUUUUCUGCGGUCGGCGACCUUUGUAUGGAUCAAUUAAUCUCACUACGGCAUCGAGGAGCCUUCUCAACGGUCGCUCAGACCUUCAGUCAAUGUUGCGAUAAAGUCAGACUAUCCUUUGAUCCAGCGAUCUGUGGCCUCAUCCACAAGUGGUAUCAGGUCGCCUUGAGUCAAAUCACCGAGCAAGCAAGUCGGCUAACGCGGCGUUCUGCUGGUCUUCCAGCCAUGAUAGGAGCACUCCUCAACCCCUCCGACUCAAUUGAAUUUUCUUCCUCGAUCAACGACCUUAUGAUCAUCGCAGAGCGAGGAACAGAUCGGAUUUCUAUCCUCGAUAUCGAAGAUGUGAAACUGCCGCAAGUCCACGCGUUGAACUGCCUGAAAGACAUAAUGACGAACUCAAAGUUUGCGGUAGUCGUGGUCCAACACCUUGAGAGAAUGAUGGAACUUGCUGCUACAUGCCUAUCGUCCAAAGUCUGGGCAAUUCGGAACUGCGGACUCAUGCUUCUGCGUGCUUGUAUCAAUCGUCUUGAUUCUUCGAGCAUGGGUGCAAGGGCUGCGCCGGUAGAUCGAUCCACUGAGCAGGAAACGAGUUAUACUACGUCGACAAUUGCGUUCCGUCUCUUUAAUGCACCAGCAUUCGAGACCGAUAAGGCUGCCAACAGUAAAGCUAGUGAUACAGAACUCGUUUUCGCUGGCCUCGACCUUCUUGGCCAUGCAGCUUUCAAGGGUUCGGAGGCAGAUGAAGCCGCGGAGCGUAUCAUGGAAUACUUGACGCACUCAACGUGGGCCGUCAGAGAUCAUGCGGCUCUGCUACUGGCAACCCGCUUACUCGGUGGGAAUCCAGCAGGAGUGAUCAUGAAGCUCUUGCAAGACAUCGGUGUGUCUGGUUCGGAGAAUCAAGUCCACGGCGUUCUGCUUUGCUGCCGAUAUCUGUUCGGGCGAGCCACAGUCCUCAUUACAUCUGCAGAGCUCGAGUCCAUCAUUGAGUGUCUCAUCAACCAGAUGAUCCGUUCCGAUGGGGAUUUGUCAUCCCACUCACCAUACGUCUAUGCUGCUUGGCUGGAUUUGCUCAAUGAUGCAUUUUCCUACGUUCUUGAAAAUAGGUGGACAUGUGGGUUGUCCGGAAUACAGCGCUUACAAGGCCUCCUGCCGUCCGCUGCGCGGGUUGAAUCCACACACUAUUCAUACCUAUCCCGAAGGAUGCUGCUUUGCAAGACCUACCACUUUCUACUUAGGGACGCGCCUCUUGUUCAUGAAAGCGAAGAGUUGCAGGAUUUGGCCAGUCAAUACGUCGAGGAUGUCGAUGCUCUGGGCUUCGUUUUCGACGUCGUGGGUCAGAAGCAUUGUCACAAACCAUCACGGAAUCUGGUCAACUUGCUUAUCUGUCUCAUCGACGACGGGAGCAGGUCUUCGUCUCUCCCACCGGCCAUUCUUGAGCAGAUAUUUACAUGUUUGGCGCAAUGCCUCGAUCAUAUUACAGAUAUUUCUAUUCAUAUUCUCCGAGAGCUUUUCUGCGCCCUGAGCUUAUCCCAACUGCAUACAACGCGGGAUCUAAGGAAUGCAGCUCUGAAACUACAAGCAUCACUUUUGGGAAGAAUUCAAACUGCACAUGUUGAAUCCUUUCCACAUGCACAACAAAUCGAAGUAUGGCUUGAUGCAAUACAGGAUAUUGCAACCGACUAUCUGGACUUUCCCACCAGACUGAGCGCUGUGACAGCAAUUUCCACUUUCAUUGAGCAUCUCAAGUCUCAUGGUACCUUGGAGCUCCCCUCUAGUCUCAGGAUUCAUCUGCUAUUGGUCCUGUAUGAUUUAUUGAACGACGACGACGAAGAGAUCCGGCUCGAAGCAAUUCAUGCGGCUCGCAAGCUCCGGCUACAUGAGCCGAGUGCCAUGAAUAGUUUGGGCAGCAGCGCCCUCUCCGCAAGGGAAAAUCUCUUGUCUGAACUUUCACGCCAGUUCGGCCGGACUUCGAAGCUUACUGAAGCCGCCAUUGUCAACAUCCUGCGUAUCGGGCAAAACACAAACGACUCUAUUCCGCGUGCCGGAGCUGGUUCUCUCUUCAAUACAUCCUUUUUUUCCAGGCUACAGAGUAUCUCGAGGUCGAAGAAUGAUUUGUUUGCAGAGGAAAGACAGAACCUGUACAUGGACGACAUUCGGGAGAUCAAGGAAUGGACAGAAGUCCUUUACAACGGCAACGGUGUAUCGACGGCUCAGGAGCUCUGGAAGUCGGCGAUGAACUGGACGCUCGAAGGGUUGAGUCAAGUCCUUAUGCUUCUUGAAGCAGAACAUACCACAACGCUUGGACAUCGAACCAGCACUCACGACGGAGAUGAGAGACAACACCAGCAGACCCCGCCACAAGAUGGGCUUCUCGAGUCGCUGUUCGUCCAUCCAUUAGGCUUGACCUAUGACCAUGCAAUCUUGGUUUUAAUGAUUCAGGUGGUCAGCUUGUCCGGAGUGUUCAUUCACCACGACAAGGGCGUGGAAACCCAGCAACAACGGGCAAGUCUAGAAAAAAUCAAGGGAAUCUGCUUGGAUUCACAGGCCAAUCCUGCAAUGUUGGUACAGAACAUCCAGCCUGAUACUAAUUCGAGGACGGACAGUCUGUGCAACUCGAUCAUAUUUGUGUUAGCAUUGGCUCAUGCAUAUCGCAUACUUCUUGGAUCCAUGACCUUCGCCCUCAAGCACCUGGCUGAAUCCUCCAACAUCAUUCCAUCGUCAUUUCGAGCCCGAUCGUAUUCAAAUCUUCGACCGGUGGUACCGGGCAAAAUGAAUGCCGGCCUAGCAAUCCUGAUCUGCUUUGUGGUCAUCACGCCGGUCUGCGUCUGGGCAGGAUGGAAAAUCUUCAUGCCGAUGAUGCAGGAACACAUGGCAAUGAUGGAGGAAGGUGAACGACGUCGUGAAGCAGGACAUCCACAAGCCGUCGGAGCAGGUUGA